AUGACACAAGCCCUCAGCGAUUCCUGGGUGCCCUUCACCCUCGUCGACACCACCCAAUACAACCACAACACUCGCAAGUACCGAUUCUCCUUUCCCGAUGGGGAAGACAAGGUGAUCGGAGGUGAGGUGGCGAUGGCGUUGGGUAUCAAGCCGGAGGAUGAGCAUGAUAUCAAGGAUGAUAAGGGGAAUCCUGUUAUGCGACCUUAUACACCCAUCUCUCCUCCCGGGACCAAGGGCCACGCAGACUUUUUGAUCAAAGAGUACGCCAACGGCAAAAUCUCACCUUACCUCGCCUCCCUCAAGCCCGGAGACACCGCCCUCUUCAAGGGUCCUUUCCAGAAAUUCGUCUACCAGCCCAAUACGCAUUCGCUCAAGAAGCCCGAGGACAAGACCAAAUGGACGCUUUUGUAUGGUAAUGUGACAGAGGAGGACAUCUUGCUUCGCGAAGAAUUCGACGAGUUGCUCAAACAGCACCCCGACCGACUGGCGAUCCACCACGUCAUCGAAAAGCCCUCUUCCUCCUGGACCGGCGACAAAGGCUACAUCACCGCCGAGACCAUCCAAAAGGCGUUCCCCCGCCCCGAGGGUAGUCAGGAGACAGUGAGGGCGUUCGUGUGUGGGCCGCCUGGGCAGAUGAAGGCGAUUUGUGGGAUGAAGGAUGGGAUGAAGCAGGGGACGUUGGAUGGGGCGUUGAAGGAUAUUGGGUAUGAGCAGAGCGAGGUGUUCAAGUAUUGA